AUCACGGCAGAAUAUCUCCGCUUUCGGCAUUUCCCCGCAUUACUAAUAUUUGGCUGUAAGCACGUGAGGAGGUUCUUCCUGCCUGAGGCAAUUAUGUAUUAUCCCUCGGUCAAUCAACGUCAUCCGCGCAUGCCCUUUCAGUCGCACUGCAUGAGAUCAAAGUCCACGAUUUUUACAUUAUCGCCGAUCACAUCCUAAAAACACUGAUUACAGUCAGUACCAUGGCUAACGUUGCUUUGCUCGGAUCUACCGGGAUGGUGGGGAGUUUUAUUCUCACCAGCCUGCUCAAAAACCCGGCCAUCGCACGCGUGGACACCAUCUCGCGCCGCACCCCGCAACCAGCCGCGGCCGCGCCGCAGGAGAAACUGACCACCUUCGUCUCGGACGACACCUCCAAAUGGGCCGCCCAGCUGUCGUCGCUCACCCCGACCCCCAGCAUCUUCAUGUCCGCCUUCGGUACCACCCGCGGCGCGGCCGGGGGGUUCGAGAACCAGUACAAGAUCGAGCACGGCCUGAACGUGGAGAUGGCGCGCGCGGCGCGCGACGCCGGCGUGAAGGUGUAUGUUCUCAUCUCGUCGUCGGGCGCUGACAAGGGCUCAUUCUUCGCGUACCCGCGCAUGAAGGGCGAGAUCGAGGAGGAGGUCAAGGCCCUGGGCUUUGAGCGCACCGUCAUCCUGCGGCCCGGGCUGAUCGGUGGCCAGCGCGAGGAGAGUCGCCCAGCUGAGGCGGUUGUGCGCGGCGUCGCAGGCUUCCUGGGGAGGCUGCACUCCAGCCUCAAGGAUGGUUGGGCUCAGGAUGCGGAUGUUAUCGGCCGAGCCGCUGUCAAUGCGGGUUUGAAGGCCCUGGAGGGUGAUGUGCCUGCUGGGAGUGAGAAGGUUUGGCUGCUGCAUGGCAGUGAUAUCCUUCGGUACGGCAAGGAGUGAACCACCAAAAAGAAAAGUAAGGAACUCAACUCAGUCGGUCGGCGUCUUUCAAUCAUGUGUAUUCGACUGCUGUACGCUCUUGUAUUUGUACUACGGAAGAUGGGGAGAUCGAAUUGUGAACCAGUGUAGGCGUUCAAA